AAUAGGAAGGCAUUUAAAGUGGAUUUCACUCGCAUUUGGAGUUCAUUUCGCGGCGUUGUUCGAAAACCCAACCCACACCUGUUUUGUUCACACACAUUACAUUAUAUUAUAAAAACUGAAAAUUAAAAUAAAAUAAAAUAAAAAAAAAAAACAAAAACAAAGACGAAACAAAACCCAGCUUCUUCUUCUAUCUUACUACACUAGCUUUCGCUUUUAAUUAACCUUAUAGAUACCCGGAAAGAAAAAAAAAAGAAGAAAAAAAAAAAAUCCAUGAGCGGAUAAAGUAGCGAAGAGACGACGUCGGAUUAAUGGCACUAAAGCUUGAAGAACAGCUCAAGGAGGUGGGAUCGAAGCUCGAGAACCCUCCUUCUACCAAAGAUGCUCUUGUUAAGCUCUUAAAGCAAGCUGCUGCAUGUCUUCCUGAGAUGGAUCAAUCGCCAUCAGCUACAGUGUUGGAGUCAAUGCAGCCAUUUCUUAAUGCAAUUGUGAAACCAGAACUGCUGAAGCAUCAAGAUAGGGAUGUUAAGCUUCUAGUUGCAACGUGUAUUUGUGAGAUAACCCGCAUUACUGCACCUGAAGCUCCUUACAGUGACGAUAUUUUAAAGGAUAUUUUUCACUUGAUUGUAGGAACUUUUAGCGGGUUAAGUGAUACUAGCGGUCCAUCAUUUGGUAGGAGAGUUGUUAUUUUGGAGACUCUUGCCAAGUAUAGGUCAUGUGUUGUGAUGUUGGAUCUGGAAUGUGAUGAUCUGGUGAAUACAAUGUUCAGUACAUUUUUUACUGUUGCCAGUGAUGAUCACCAGGACAGUGUAUUGUCAUCAAUGAAAACAAUAAUGGCUGUUCUCAUAGAAGAAAGUGAGGAUGUCCGGGAAGAUCUUCUAUUUAUUGUUUUGUCUGUAUUAGGUCGAGAUAGAAGCGAUAUUUCUUCAGCUGCACGGAGACUUGCCAUGAAUGUGAUAGAGCAGGGUGCUGGAAAACUUGAACCUGGAAUAAAACAGUUCCUUGUAUCAUCAAUCUCAGGAGAUAACAGGUCGGCUAAUAGUCAAAUUGACCAUCAUGAAGUCAUAUAUGAUGUCUACCGUUGCGCUCCUCAGAUCUUAUCAGGAGUCAUACCAUACCUCACAGGAGAACUAUUGACAGAUCAGCUGGAUAUUCGCUUAAAAGCUGUGCGGCUAGUUGGAGAUCUGUUUUCUCUGCCGGGCUCUGCCAUCCACGAAGCCUUUCAGCCAAUCUUUUCUGAGUUUUUGAAAAGGUUGACUGAUAGAGGAGUAGAGGUCCGAAUGUCUGCUGUGGAACGUGUCAAAAGUUGUCUGCUGUCAAAUCCUUAUCGAGCUGAGGCUUCUCAAAUCAUCUCUGCCCUAUGCGACCGAUUAUUGGACUAUGACGAAAAUGUCCGAAAACAAGUUGUUGAUGUGAUCUGUGACGUGGCAUGUCAUGCCCUGGAUUCCAUCCCAGUUGAAACUAUAAAAUUAGUUGUGGAACGCCUUCGAGACAAAUCUCUACUUGUUAAGAGAUAUACCAUGGAGAGACUGGCAGAGGUAUUCAGGAUCUAUUGUAUAAAGUCUUCUGGAGGCUCAAUCAGUGCAGGUGAUUUUGAUUGGAUUCCUGGGAAGAUUUUGAGAUGUUUUUAUGAUAGAGAUUUCAGAUCAGACACAAUUGAAUCUGUUCUCUGUGGGUCAAUGUUCCCAAUGGAGUUCUCAGUCAAUGAUAGAGUUAAACUUUGGGUCAGAGUGUUCUCUGUAUUUGACAAAGUUGAGGUAAAAGCUCUCGAGAGGAUACUGGAGCAGAAGCAAAGGUUACAACAAGAGAUGCAGAGAUAUAUAUUCCUAAGGCAGAUGCAUCAGGAUGGAGAUGCUCCUGAGAUCCAAAAAAAAGUUCUGUUUUGUUUUCGGAUCAUGUCUCGCUCAUUUGCUGAGCCUGCUAAGGCUGAGGAGAAUUUUCUGAUACUUGAUCAGUUGAAAGAUAUCAAUAUCUGGAAGAUAUUAACAAAUCUCCUUGACGCAAAUACUAAUUUCCAUCAAGCUUGCACUAGUCGGGAGGAUUUGCUGAAAAUACUUGGUGAGAAACACCGGCUUUAUGACUUUCUAAGCAAUUUCUCCGUGAAGUGCUCUUAUUUACUUUUCAACAAGGAGCAUGUGAAAGAAAUUCUGGCAGAGGCUGCUACACAUAAAUCUACUGGAAAUACACAAUUAAUUCAGUCUUGCAUGGAUAUUCUGGUGCUUCUUGCACGAUUCAGUCCAAUGCUACUUAGUGGGGCUGAAGAAGAAUUAGUGAGUUUUCUGAAAGAUGAUAAUGAGAUAAUAAAAGAAGGCGCUUUGCACAUUUUGGCAAAAGCUGGUGGUACCAUCCGAGAACAGCUUGCAGUGUCAUCAAGUUCGAUUGACCUUAUAUUAGAAAGGCUCUGCUUGGAAGGUAGUCGAAGACAGGCCAAAUAUGCUGUGCAUGCCCUAGCAGCAAUUACAAAGGACGAUGGGCUAAAGUCCCUUUCUGUUUUGUAUAAGAGACUUGUAGACAUGCUGGAGGAGAAGAGACAUUUACCUGCUGUACUUCAAUCUCUAGGAUGCAUAGCAGAGACUGCAAUGGCAGUGUUUGAAACUAGAGAAGGUGAAAUUGAAGAGUUCAUAAAAAGCAAGAUUCUUAAAUCUAGCAGUAAAGCAGAAGAAAGUACAAAAGCAAACUGGGAUGGUAGAAGUGAACUAUGUUUAUUGAAGAUAUAUGGGAUUAAGACGCUGGUCAAGAGCUACUUGCCUGUUAAAGAUGCACAACUUCGUCCUAAUAUUAAAGGCCUUCUGGAUAUAUUAAGGAAUGUGCUUCUGUUUGGAGAAAUAUCAGAAGAUAUAGAAUCGAGUUCAGUUGAUAAGGCCCAUAUGAGGCUUGCUUCUGCAAAGGCAGUUCUCCGCCUAUCAAAACACUGGGAUCACAAAAUUCCUAUUGAUGUCUUCCAUUUAACUUUAAGGACACCAGAGAUUGCUUUCCCCCAAGCUAGGAAACUAUUCCUGAGCAAAGUUCAUCAAUAUAUAAAAGACCGGCUUUUGGAUGUGAAGUAUGCUUGUGCAUUCUUAUUUAAUAUAACUGCAUUUAAGCUCCUCGACUUUGAAGAGGAGAAACAGAAUCUUGCUGAUAUUGUUCAAGUGCAUUACCAAGCAAAGGCACGUCAACUCUCUGUACAAAGUGAUGCAAAUACCUCCGCAGCAUAUGCCGAAGACCUUCUGCCAUAUUUGGUCCAUGCCCUUGCUCAUCAUUCAUGUCCUAACAUAGACGACUGCAAGGAUGUUAAAGCAUUUGAACCAGUUUAUCGGCAAUUGCACUUGAUGCUUUCUGUUCUUGUGCAUAAAGAUGAAGAUGUCAAGUCAGAAUCUACCACAAAUAAGGAGAAGGAGAUAAUAUCUGCAAUAGUUUCUAUUUUUCAAAGUAUCAAGUGUUCCGAAGACGUAGUUGAUGCAGCAAAGUCGAAGAACUCACAUGCAAUAUCUGAACUUGGGCUGUCAAUCACCAAGCGGUUAGCUCAAAAGGAAGACAUACAAAUUUUGGCUUCAUCAGCUCCCUUGCCUCCAAUUCUUUACAAAUCAUAUGAGAAGAAAGAAGGGGAUGACUCUCUGGUAUUUUUGGAAACUGGAGAAAAAACAUGGCUGGGUGAUGAGAAUAUCUUGACCCAAUUGGAAUCACUCAAGGUGGAAACUGAUGGAAAAAUUAGUUCAGAUAUUGGUGAUGAUGAGGUUCUGCAAGAUAUUGAAAAAGAAGCAAAUGAGGUGCCUCUUGGGAAAAUAAUAAAGCAGAUAAAAUCACAGGGCACCAAGAGUGGGAAAGGUACAAAGAACAAGCUUUUAUCAGCUAAAACCAAAAAUGCUGGCAGUGAUGUCGAUAUAUUGAAGAUGGUGAGGGAGAUCAAUUUGGAUAAUAUGGAGCUACCUAGCAAGUUUGAGUCGAGCAAUGGUCACAGACAUUUUGCAAGUGAGAAAGCAGAGUCAGAACCAGAGGAUCAAAAAGUUAAAAAAAGAAAGCCUACUGAUGUAGAAUCUGUUCCAGUACCUAAACGACGAAGAUCAUCUACUCAUAGAUUGUCCUCAAGCAGUUUAACAGCUCCUUUUAGUGCUUUAGCUGAUGAUUCAAGCCCUGAUUCAAAGGGCAAAAAGGCUACCCCAACACGAACAGUGCAAAGCAACAAGUCUGACUUGUUGGCGUCGUGUAUUGGAAAGAAGUUAGUUUUCACGUCAAAAAUUAAAGGUAGAAGCUCUGAUCUGGGUCACAAUGGUAAAGAUCUAACUGAAGAAAAUGAUGAUAAUUUAGAGUCUACUAUCUUAGGGGACACUGAUAAGAAUGACUUCAAGUUGUCAACUGGAAGCAUGAAGAAGCGAAAAAGAAGAAGCAUUUCUGGAUUGGCAAAGUGCACAACCAAGAAAAGUGGAGUUGAUAUUGAAGAAUUAAUUGGUUAUAAGAUAAAAGUCUGGUGGCCCAUGGAUAAGCAGUUUUAUGAAGGCACAGUCAAGUCUUAUGAUCCUAUCAAAAGGAAACAUGUGAUAUUAUAUGAUGAUGGAGACAUAGAAGUACUUCGUUUAGAAAAAGAACGCUGGGAGCUCGCUGACAAUGGUCGCAAACCAAUGAAGAAGUCUAAAUCAUUGAAGCAUUCCCAGUCAACAAAAGCAUCACCUGCACCAAAAAAUAGAAGUUCUGAUAAUUUGAGUCGGAGUAAGAAAUCAGAAAAGAUUGUUAAAGGGAAAAGAACUCCUAAGAAAAACUUAAAACGCGGACAGAAAGAACUGGAGGAUAAAGAUGAUUCCGAUGUGUCAAAUCCUGAAACUGCUGAGGAUUUUAAAGGAGAUGACAAAAAACUAGGUGAUUCUCAAGAAGAAGAUUCCGAGAGGGUUACAGAAAACGUGACAAUUAUGGAUGAUUCUGAUAAGGAAGUAACAUCAGCUUCUGGAGGAAUACAAUUAGGAGAUGCACUGAACAACCAAAAUCAAUCAGAAGAAUCUGAUGGGGAAAAGAAAUCCAAUUCUGACGGCAGAGUUUUUGCAGAUGCUGAUACUAGAUUGGAAGAUGCUCAAAAAGAUGAUGCAGUGGAGAGAUCUCAUUUAGAAGAACGAGAAGAAGAUGAAUCAAAUGAAGCCUUACGGGAGGAAGUUAAUAAACACAAAUCAGACUCUGAAGGGGAUCAAGAUGCAGAGGAAGUUUAUGAAAAAGAUAAAUCAAACUCUGAAGGGCAUCAAGAUGCGGAGGAAGUUAAUAGAGACAAAUCUGACUCUCAAGGGGAUCAAGAUGCAGACGGAGUUGAUAAAGACAAAUCAGACUCUCCAGGGGAUCAGGAUGCGGAGGGGGUUGAUAAAACCAAAUCAGACUCUAAAGGGGAUCAAGAUGCAGACGCCAAUGGGCCUACUCCUAAAAAUUUGAAGAAACCUCGAACGAAAUCAAAUUCUUCCUAUGCAGGCGAUGCUGAAUUAUCGGAUGAUGAGCCUCUUAGCCAAUGGAAGCAUAAAGUACGAAAAUCAGCAUCUAGGCGAGCAUGAUAAGCGGUUUAAGGCUGCAGACUGCUUACCAUUCUAGAGGAAGAAGAUGCAAAGCUGUUGUUCUUUUUCACAUUCUAAUCCUUUUUGUUUGUUGGUAUAGCUGGCAGAGGGUGGAAGGAAGGAAAAAAGCCAUUUAAUGUUGUAUACAUGCUAAUAAAUAUGGGAAGCAGUUGACGUGGGUCACUUAUGAAUGUAAAGUAACAUUAGGGACUUCCAUAUGCUUACGUAGGAAUGUUAAUGUUAAUCUCGGUAUCAUGUAAUUGCCUCGGACUAGCGGUUGAAGAAACAUUUGGUGUAGUGGUUCGUUUGUCGGGGAUGUAGUUAGUGUAGUCCAUCUUUCUAACCACCAAGGUUGAUAAAUAGAUAGGUGACAUGUACAGUUAUAGCUGGGGAAAGUGUUGUAUGUUUAGCAUAUUCAUGUUUGAUUUUUGACACUCAUCAUUGAUAAAGAUUGACUCUAGCUUGCUUA